UGUGAUAGAGUCUGCAGACGCAGAGGCUGCAGGUCCUGGGGUCAAGCUGGAGAGGUCUGAAGGAGAGGAGGACCCACGGCACAGCAGAGACACCCAGACUGGAGAGGCAGUAGAGCCCCCUGUAGCCAUGAAGGACCCCACCACUACCCCAGCGCCGCCCAGCACCCAACGCACCAUCACGGAGGUCAGUGGAACGCUGAACGUCGUCCUCAAGUCGGAGACCGACACAGAGACUUUAACUGUAACACACAGGCUUUUACACACAGGAUCCGACCACAGAUCAGACUCAGAGAGACUGGGGCGGGGUCCACUUGGCUGUCCUGCUGCUCCUGUCUCAGAGUAUUUACCAGGACAGAAGACUGUUCAUUCCUGUGGAUAUGGUGAUGGUGACACGUUAGACACUGACGUUAAUGUUGCGUCAUGUUCUUAUGCCACAGAGAAGGACUCUGGCAACAUAUCCUUGGGUUUAGAGACACAGACUGAUCUGUCUAGAGGGGACUGGAACCGGUACAGUAGUAGUGUAUACUCUGAAGGGUGCCUAGAUAAGAAAGGGGAGGUUAUAGUGGUAGAUGAGGUGAAAGUGGAGGGCGACGCUCCUCCAACAUGGAAUGCAGAUAGUCACCUAGGAGAUGGACACUCACAGGGCAGAGAAUUCUUAGAUUACAGGGGAAGGUUAGAGACAAAUCUAAAUGUCGCAACCCACUCCUCUUUACAUGCGUUCAGGGAUCGUGACCCAGUGUUCACGUCGAUGGCACCUUCCGAUUCACACGGCCACGUCCUUUUCGAUCAGGUAUUGAACUCAAACGACAGGGCUAGAGCCCAGGCUCAGGGAGCGGGAGCCACAUCAGGCAAUAGUAAAAGGAAACGGUUCCUGUGCAUGUUCUGUAACAAAGGCUUCAGCUGUCCCCAGAAGGUGGAGAUCCACAAACGGGUCCACACAGGGGAGAAACCCUUCAGCUGUACCAAGUGUCACAUGCGCUUCACUGAGGCUGGCAACUUGAAGAGGCACCAGAGGGUUCACACAGGGGAAAAACCUUUCAGCUGUACCCAGUGUCACAAGCGCUUCGCCCAGGCUGGUGACCUGAAGAGGCACCAAAGGGUCCACACAGGGGAGAAGCCAUACAGCUGCAACCAGUGUGAGAAGAGUUUCUCCCAACAAACGCAGCUGAAGAUGCACCUGAAGGUCCACGCGUGAGAGAGGUCGUUUGCCUGUACGCACUACGAGAAGAGGUUCUCAGAGAGCAGCUACCUCAGGAUACACCAGCAGAAAAACCAUUCCACUCUAUAACAUAGAAAGUAACCAUUCCACUCAAUAGCUUUUGAUGUUUAGAUCAAACCCUACAUCAGACUCAGUGAGAUCAUGUAGAUGCACAAAGUAAACCGCAGGAGUCGGUCAAUUUCUAAAACAACUAAGUUCGUUGAAGUGCGGGUUCCAGACAUUGUGGAAUAUAUAAGGCAUAUACUGUAUAAGCCUAAAAGGUCUGUUACAUAUCGUGUUUGUACUGUGUAGGCUAUAAUGAUGUUCACAAAUGCCUGUUUCAUACUACUUUAAUGAGAAAAUGAAUGCAAUUUAUCAAGUUCAUGCAGAUGUGUAUGUGUGGUUUUCAUAUGGUGUAUUUAAAACGUGUUUAUGUUCAAUAGACACAAAAUGGAACUUUUCAUUCCAAGGCUUUCAUUGAGACUCUCUUUAGUAUAUAGUACCAGUCAAAAGUUUGGACACACCUACUCA